AGCGUAGAAAAAAAAAGUUCGAGCGUCAUUGCGACCAUCUUCAACUUUUGCUGUUACCCACCUACCCUUGGUAAUAUAUUUUCGAUUCGUUCUAUAUGCUCUGUUCAUAGCUUGUUGGCUAUACAUAUCAUGAGGGAUCGCAAUAACUCGGCGUGAUUUCACUGCGACUAGGAGCAUUUAAGAUGAAUUCUACUCUAUUCACGAAAGCUGCGAUACCGUCGCGCAUACUGUCUCCAGCUCAGAUAUAUCGGAGGCAAAGAUUACGAGACCACUUACGAAGGCGCGCACAAAGCAAUACGAUCACUUCAUUGUCAAAGAGGCCAAGCAAUACAAUAAACCGGCCGACCUGCCAAGCUGCGACAUACAGACGAUCCUUCCAUGCCACCCCCCGUGCGCCCGCUAUCAAAGACCCGUACAGUACCCUGGGUGUGGGGAAAUCGGCUUCGGCAGGAGAUAUUAAGAAGGCCUACUAUGGAUUAGCCAAGAAGUACCAUCCGGAUACGAAUAAGGACCCAUCGGCGAAAGAUAAAUUUGGUGAAAUCCAGUCUGCGUAUGAGAUUCUGUCCGAUCCCAAAAAGAAGGAACAGUAUGACCAAUUUGGGGCUGCCGCUUUUGAUGCUAAUGCUGGACCCGGACCUGGAGCCGAUCCUUUCGCAGGAGGAAAUCCGUUCGCCGGCUUUGGUGGACAAGGAGGCUUCGGUGCUAAUUUCAACUUCGAAGACCUCUUUUCCGCAUUCGCUGGUAGAAAAGCUGGUGGGCCUUUUGGGGCAGGAGGCCCCUUCGGAGGAGGAGCGCACGCAGGUGGAAGAGGGAGCCCGUUCGAAGACGUCCUCAUCGGAGAAAAUAUCGAGGUACAAACGAGCAUCUCAUUUAUGGACGCGGCAAGAGGGACGAAGCAGGCGAUUACGAUACAUCCAUUUAUAUCAUGCAAUACUUGCAGUGGAAGUGGUCUAAAGCCAGGCACCAAGCGGACGGAGUGCAAGGUCUGUGGUGGGACAGGCACACAGGUCCAUUUCAUGACGGGCGGCUUCCAGAUGGCUAGCACCUGUAACAAUUGCAAAGGUACCGGCACAACAUCUCCUAAAGGAUCAGAUUGUCGUGAAUGCGGUGGGAACGGUGCUGUUAGAGAGCGCAGGACUAUCACUGUGGAUAUCCCUGCUGGUAUUGAAGAUGGGAUGAGAUUACGGUUAGAUGGAGAAGGAGACGCACCCAUCACUGGUGGCGAGGCCCCCUCCGGUGCUAGGAUGGCUCGAGGGGACCUCUACGUUUGCGUGCGGGUCGCCUCGGACCCGAAGUUCAAGCGAGCGGGAUCUGACAUCCUGUACACGGCAACCAUCCCAUUAACUACAGCCAUACUGGGUGGUGAAGUGGCGAUCCCGACGCUAGAUGGCCAAGUCAACGUGAAGGUUGCGACAGGCACGAGCACUGGCGACAAAUUAACGCUGGCCGGGUUGGGUAUGAAGAAGCUAGGUGCCCGCCGUAGCAAUUCAGGAGACCUAAAGGUGGAAUUCCGAGUCGCGAUGCCAAAAUAUCUUUCCGCCAACCAGAGGACGAUUGUAGAGAUGUUGGCGGACGAGUUAGGCGACAAGACGGCCAAGCGGAUUAUGAACGUCAAGAUGCCAGGAUCUGCGGGUAGAGAAGCAACGAAGGGUGAAGAUCCCGACAUGCAUAGAAACGAAGGUUUUCUGAAGUCGAUAUGGCAUAAUCUGACGAAUAACCCAGGUCACCAAAAACCAGGAGACCCAACGUCCGGUGGCCAGAAGAACUCUAACGAAGACCCCAAGAAAGGCUCUGGCUCGGGUUGAGCUUGCAACCUACCUAAUAUAGACGCUAUCCUUGAACCAAUGACUGGUGAACGCCUCCUCAAGCAUGUACCAUACUCGCACACCUGAAAGAUAUGUCACGAAAUAUGAUCGCCUGGAAUAUAGAUAUUAGAGUGAUUGGGAUUGCAUGGAUGGUGUUUGAUGAUGGAUGGGAUGAUGCCCGGGCGUCUUAAGUGGAAUCGACUCGCCGGCGAGAGCAUGUUUGCGCGCCUUGAUAUCCACAAUAUACUCGCUAGGUGUGUAUUUGAAUCUGUACACUACUACUAAUAGGUACAGGACACAUGAUCAGAUAAUGCGAGGCCACUCUCCUCAAUUCAAGAUACGUACAUGAUGAAUCGGGUUAUGGGUGAUCUUACCUUGUUCAUAACAAGCCCCACGAUUUCUUAUUUCUUAAUUCUUUACCUACUACUGC